GUGUCGAAUCGAAUCUCUUGUCAUUUUCCUGUGCAAGUAUAUGACGUCACUAUAGUUGUUUGGGAGAAGAAAAAUACAAGCCUUGCCACCACUGUUCAAUCUCACCGGUGUCGAAACAUUUUAUGACAUAAAGGGAUUUCCCUGCCUUACUACCAUGUCCACUCCGGCAAGACGACGACUUAUGAGAGAUUUCAAAAGACUUCAAGAAGAUCCCCCAACUGGCGUUAGUGGAGCCCCUUCAGAAAACAAUAUAAUGUUAUGGAAUGCUGUUAUAUUUGGACCUGUGGGAACGCCAUUUGAGGAUGGAACCUUUAAGCUUGUGAUAGAAUUUUCUGAAGAGUACCCCAAUAAACCUCCUACUGUUAGAUUUAGCUCCAAAAUGUUUCAUCCAAAUGUUUAUGCAGAUGGAAGUAUAUGUUUAGACAUUCUACAAAAUCGCUGGAGCCCUACUUAUGAUGUGUCAUCCAUUCUGACAUCAAUCCAGUCUCUGUUGGAUGAGCCAAAUCCGAACAGCCCCGCCAACAGUCAGGCUGCCCAGCUUUAUCAAGAGAACAAACGGGAAUACGAGAAACGAGUCUCCGCCAUCGUGGAGCAAAGCUGGGUGGACUCGUAACACUACAGUGCAAGUGUGCCUCAUCAUUCUUAAUGGAAAAGAAAAUAUUUCAAACUUUCAUUUACCUCAUUGGUUUAUCAAGUCGUCAUCAUCAUUAUCAAAGAACUCAAGUGCCACACAAGUAAACAAUUUUGAGGGAACUCACACAUUAAGUCAGUAGGGUCUUAUUACAUGCUUGCCAACAAAUUUUCAGACAAACAAUAUUGUGCUAUUGUUAUUUUUAUUGCAUGAUGUGAAAUAAAUUAUUCCAGACAGAA